UACUACAUAGUUCACCACACCCCCACCGAGGGCGAACCAAGCAACGCCAAGCAACGCAACGCCAUAAUUUUCUAUAUUAUUCGUUCUGAAAGGGAAUUCCCAAACAUAAACUAAUAAAGGGCAAAGCAAUUAUUGAAACGCUGUGAAAUAUGUCAUCUGGAGAACCACCUUCUUCGAUGAUGACUUCACCUGGGCCAGGGCCUGGAACACCUCAGCCAUCACCUUUGUCUCAUCCUGCUGCAUCUCCAGCACCACAUUCACACCCAAAUUCAAAUGCUGGAAAUCAACAACAGCAAGUUGCUUCUCCUAUGGCACCUCCGCAACCACCUUCUCCAAUGAACCAUCCUCAACCAUCUCCAUCACCCAUGGGUCCACCAAUGCAGCAACACCCUCCCCAGUUUCAACAACAACCUCAGCAGCAAACUUAUCCACCACCCAUGUCAGGAGCAGUUUCGAUGGGGCCUCCUCAUCAACCUAUGCAGCAACCAAUAAGGCAGCAUCAUGGUGGAGUUCCACAGCCUCAUUAUAUGGGAGCAAGUGGUGGCUAUCCUCCAGGUUCACACCACCAACCUCCACAGCAACCAAAUUAUCCAUCACAGCCUGGUGGACCAAUGCCUCAACAAUCCCAACAGCAACCAGGAGCACCACCUUAUCCACCUGACAGUAUCAAUGCUUUGCAAAGAGCUAUAUCUACAAUGGAAGACCGUGGCUUGCAGAAUGAUCCUCGCUAUGCUACUCUUCUUGCCAUGAGAGGAAAACAAGAGGGAAUGGCUCCUACUAGCCACAGUCCUGGUCCACCACUUAUGGAUCCUAACAGACAACCUGGUGUGCCAUCGCAGUAUGGGCCGCCCAAUCCAGCGACCCUUAAUGGCAAUUCUUCUGGACCGGAAGGGGCCAAUUCUAUGAAAUCGUCAUUCCUAUCACCUACACAAGUCCACCAGCUACGAGCGCAAAUUAUGGCUUACCGGUUGUUGGCUCGAAACCAACCUGUGCCAACAAAUAUUGGAAUGGCUGCUCAAGGGAAACGGACGGACCUUCCGACACUUCAGUCGCAGCCUAAUACUGUAUCACAGCUGGAUCAACAACAACAGCAAAUAUAUGUUCCGUCUCCGUCUCAGCCUGGACAGUCUUUCCAGAGACCUACAGCUCCUUCGGCUCCUACUCCGAUGCAACCUUCUAGCGUACGGCCUAUUGGGCCUCCAUACUCUUCUCAGCAACCUGUGGCACCAUCACCGAGCGGACAGCAGUCUCAGCUACCUUCUAUGGGGCCAGCACCAUCGGCAGGAACUCCAACUCCGGGAACUACUGCAAGUCCAGUUCCUGGUACCAUACCGACUCCUCGUCCCCCUCAGCCACAGGUCCCUGUACAUCCGAUGCAACCAUCCCAAGGGGCUACUGCCCCUACUGCAAUUCAAAUGGGUAAUGCUGCAUUGCAGCCCAUCAUAGCACCACCAGCUGUGCCCACUUCUAAUGCCUCACUCAUGCAACAACAACCCGUGAUGCCACAUUCACAGCAGAUACAACCACAGCAACUGCAGCAACAAACACUUGUGUCUAAACAAAACAAAGUUACCCCAAUUGCCAAACCAGCAGGAUUAGAUCCAGUUGUAAUUUUGCAGGAAAGAGAAAAUCGCAUGGCUACGCGCGUUGCCUACCGUAUUGAAGAACUUAGUAAUCUACCUACUACAAUGGGAGAGGAUUUGCGAAUUAAGGCGCAAAUUGAAUUACGUGCUCUGCGAUUACUUAAUUUCCAACGGCAGUUGCGUUCAGAAGUGUUAGCUUGUACGAGAAGAGACACCACGUUAGAAACAGCUGUCAACGUUAAAGCUUAUAAGCGGACAAAGAAACAAGGACUACGAGAAGCUCGGGCAACUGAGAAGCUUGAGAAACAACAGAAAAUGGAAGCUGAGCGCCGACGCCGUCAGAAGCACCAAGAAUAUCUUACUGCGGUCCUUCAACACGGCAAAGAUCUUAAAGAGUUUCAUCGUAACAACCUGGCGAAAAUUGUGCGCAUCAACAAAGCUGUCCUACUACAUCAUGCUAAUGCAGAACGUGAACAGAAGAAGGAACAGGAGCGUAUUGAAAAAGAGCGUAUGCGUCGCUUGAUGGCGGAAGAUGAAGAAGGUUACCGUAAGCUUAUCGAUCAGAAAAAAGACAAACGUCUUGCAUUCCUUCUUCAACAAACGGACGAAUACAUUGCCAAUUUGACGGAGAUGGUGAAGCUGCAUAAAACUGAGCAACGGCGAAAAAUGAAAGAGCAGCAGAUGAUCAAAAGACGUGUGCAGCGGAAUGAUGAUGGAACAGUUGUGGAGGAUUUCCAUGUGAGCGUUAUUGAAACGGCUUCUGGGAACACGCUUACCGGCGAGGAAGCGCCACUUGCUUCAGUUCUCCAAACCUGGUUGGAAGCUCAUCCUGGCUGGGAAGAAUUAAUUGAGGAUGAAGAGCAACAUAUUGAAGAAGAACGACCGGAAGAGACAAAGAAAGCUGUAACCGACGAAUCCAAAACUGCCGACGAAGCAACUGUUGUGGUCGUAAAAACGGCGCUAGAUGACGAAUACAAGACCGAUGACGGAGAAAAGAAUUACUAUUCGAUUGCCCAUACCGUACACGAAAAAGUUCACGGACAGGCUAGCAUUUUGAUCAAUGGCAAAUUGAAAGAGUAUCAGGUGAAAGGUUUGGAAUGGCUUGUUUCUCUUUACAACAACAACCUGAACGGAAUUCUCGCUGAUGAAAUGGGUCUUGGUAAAACCAUUCAAACUAUUGGUUUAAUCACAUACUUGAUGGAAGUCAAGAAAAAUCCAGGCCCAUAUUUGAUCAUUGUGCCCUUGUCAACACUUUCGAAUUGGUCUUUGGAGUUCGAAAAAUGGGCUCCUUCAGUCAAUGUAGUAUGCUAUAAGGGUUCCCCAACGGUGCGCCGUAUUGUCCAAAACCAAAUGAGAGCCGUGAAAUUCAACGUGCUUCUGACUACUUAUGAAUAUAUCAUAAAGGAUAAAUCAAUCCUGGCCAAAUUGCCCUUCAAGUACAUGAUUAUCGAUGAAGGUCAUCGCAUGAAGAACCAUCAUUGUAAAUUAACCCAGGUUUUGAACACACACUAUUUAGCGCCCCAUCGUUUGCUAUUGACGGGUACGCCACUUCAGAAUAAGCUCCCUGAAUUGUGGGCUUUACUGAACUUCUUGCUGCCAUCCAUCUUCAAGUCAGUCUCUACUUUUGAGCAAUGGUUUAACGCUCCUUUUGCCACCACUGGCGAGAAGGUAGAACUCAACGAGGAAGAGACCAUCUUGAUCAUUCGUCGUCUUCAUAAAGUCUUACGUCCUUUCCUUCUCCGCCGUCUGAAGAAAGAAGUGGAGUCGCAACUGCCCGACAAGGUUGAAUACAUCGUGAAGUGCGACAUGUCUGGCUUGCAGAAAGUCCUCUACCGACACAUGCAGAGCAAGGGUGUCAUGCUCACUGAUGGAUCUGAAAAAGAUAAGAAGGGCAAGGGUGGCGCCAAGGCUUUGAUGAACACUAUCAUGCAGUUGAGAAAGCUUUGCAAUCAUCCGUUCAUGUUCCAGCACAUAGAAGAAGCCUAUUGUGAGCAUAUGAAUGUGCCUGGUGGACUCGUAUCUGGUCCUGAUUUGUAUCGUACUUCGGGCAAAUUUGAACUCCUUGAUCGGAUUCUCCCGAAACUGAAACAUUUGAACCAUCGUGUUCUUCUCUUUUGUCAAAUGACCCAGCUGAUGACCAUUAUGGAGGAUUAUCUCAAUUGGAAGAGCUUCAAAUAUCUUCGUUUGGACGGUACCACGAAAGCAGAUGAUCGUGGUGACUUGCUGAAGCGGUUCAAUGACAAGUCUUCGGAUUAUUUCCUUUUCUUGCUCUCAACUCGUGCUGGUGGUUUGGGUCUCAAUCUCCAAGCAGCUGAUACUGUCAUCAUCUUCGAUUCUGAUUGGAAUCCUCACCAAGAUUUGCAAGCCCAAGAUCGUGCCCAUCGUAUCGGGCAAACUAACGAAGUGCGUGUUUUACGACUAAUGUGUGUCGGAUCUGUCGAAGAGCGUAUUCUCGCCGCUGCAAGGUACAAGUUAAAUAUGGACCAGAAAGUUAUUCAGGCUGGUAAGUUCGAUCAAAAGUCGACUGGAGCUGAUCGUCGCCAAUUCCUGCAAACUAUUUUACAUGCGGAUGAAAUGGAGGACGAGGAAGAGAACGAAGUUCCCGAUGACGAAACAGUCAACCAAAUGUUAGCUCGUAGUGAAGGCGAGUUUGAACUUUAUCAACGAAUGGAUAUCGAGCGCCGACGAGAAGAGGCUCGCCAAGGAUCCGCCCGCAAACCGCGUCUGAUGGAAGAAACUGAGUUGCCCGAAUGGAUGUCCAAAGAUGAGGAGGAGGUGGAACGUUUAACCUGCGAAGAAGAAGAAGAACGUGUCUUCGGACGAGGAAAUCGUCUUAAGAAGGAUGUCGACUAUGGUGAAAGUCUGACGGAGAAAGAGUGGCUCAAAGCUAUUGGUGCCAUGGAGGAAGAAGGCAACGUUCAAGAUGACGAUGAAGAAGAAGAGCCCGGACCAAGUGGACGUGGAUCUAAGCGAUCCCGCUCGACAGGAGGAAGUUCGCGACGAAAACGCCAAAGAGGCGACGGCGAUGGAGGGGACGAAGACGAUGAGCCGACAAACAAAAAACGUCGAGGUGGGGGCCGUUCGCUGAACUUUGAUAAAGAAAGCGGCGUCAAUCCACAACUCAAACGCAAGAUGAAGAAAAUAUUGGAGAUCGUUAUGAAAUACACCGAUGCUGAGGGCCGAAUCCUUAGCCAACCCUUUAUGAAGCUUCCGACUCGGAAAGAGUUGCCCGAUUAUUACGAAGUCAUUAAAAAACCGAUUGACAUCAACAAAAUCCUUCAGCGAUUGCAAGCCGACAAAUACAUGGAUUUCGAUGACUUGGAGCGGGAUUUCAUGCUGCUCUGUAAAAAUGCACAAAACUACAAUGAGGAGUCGUCUCUCAUUUACGAGGACUCGGUCGUCCUUCAGUCGGUAUUCACGAGUGCAAGGCAGCGCACGGAGGAAGAACCCGAGGAGGUCCAACAGCCGCCUCCGCCGCAGCAAACGGAUGGUGAACCCAAUGACGAGGAAGACGCUCAGCCCAGUGAAUCCGAUGACAACUCGAACGCGGCGUCCUCAGUUAAAGUCAAAAUCAAGCUCGGCAAAGGCCGCAGCGGCAAGAGCAGUGACGGUGGCGCGCACGCCUCCGCCUCUGGUGGGCGGGGCAAGCGUAAGCGUACCAGCCGUAAAUACGUUAGCGACGAAGAAGACGAUUUCGGUGAAGAAGAGGAAGGUGCUAGUGAACGAACUUCUUCUCGUAGUUCAUCACGCGUAGCCUCGCCUGCACCUUCUCGUCGUAACCGUUAAAUCAUGUUCUAAUUUUAUCUUUUCUUGCCUUCCUAUUUCUUCACUCCCCCCUCAUUAUUCAUCUAUAUAGAGCCGUUACAGUGGAAAACGUACUGACGACCCAACAUCCAAAAGUCGAAUGAUUAAUUUAAGCUCAUCCAUCUGUAUGUUUACGUCCCUUUUCCACUUUUCACACCAUGUCUGUCGAGUUUUAUCUUCGCUAUUCAAUGAAGAAGCAUCUCCAUUCUUACGAUUUUUGUUGUUUGGAACGAGUUCUUUUUUUUAAUGGCUUCGUUCACUUGGACUCAAGUAUAACAUUUUUGAUUGGAUAAUAAACGUAACCAUGCGAUAUAAA